AUGUCCGAACCUCACAGCAAAGGCCAUUACCUGCCAGUCCGUCUCUUCCGUUAUAAAAUAUGGGCUCACAUCAUCUUCUUCAUUCUCUCCACAUCGCUUGUCCUGGUCAUAAAUCUAUCGGGGGCGAACCAAAUUCCACGAGCUGUGACGGUGGAAAUGGCAGAUCAGAAUGCAACCGCCACUCAGGAAGAGUCCAGCGGCGCGGACGUCACCCCGCGCCGUCAGUAUCAUGAAGCUAAGCCGGGGUCAAUUCAAGUUGCCACGCCUCCGCCAACUGGACGGCGCAAGCGCCGCCGUAGCAUGGCGCUCGACGAUGAUUCGCAAGAUAUUCGUCCUGCGAAGCGUGAAUCUGUCUACCUUGACCAAGAGGGCAACAUCGAUGCGUGGAACUUUAACACUGCCUCACUGUUGGAACACAUGAACCAGCUAAUUCAGCUGAUCAAUGUUACAUCACUUCCUCUAUCGUAUAACAUGAUCCAGCUUCCCACAAUCGAGUGGCUCGAGGAAUUUCUCCGCACCAACAACGUCAAUGGGGAGAAGCUCCUCACUAAAACCCCUGUUGAAUUGUUCUCGCUCACGAACUCACCAAGACCGACUCCUAUCCGAGUCCACUCGCCCCCAAACUUCGUGUUUGUCGAGGGUUUAUGGUUCCUCGUGGAGCAGCUGAGGCUCAGUAGUGCAACCUAUAACUCCUGGGUCAUUAGCUCGAAAAACCAGCUAAACCCCUUUUGGGGAUAUGGGAAUGCUCAUGACAUUUCCUCAAAGGCCAUUGUGGAUAAUGCUGAGUCUCGCAAAGCCGUACUGCACAUACUUCAUUCUCCAGCCGGGGGUAGCGAAGGAUGUGUAUUUACCGGGGGCAAGUAUACGGUUGUCGGUUUGCCGGGAGGGAAGAUGGGGAUGCAGUGGACGACAGACAUGAGUAUUGUGGAGUCUGGUGGUACGCUUGGAGAGAUGAUAGGAGGGAGUGUGGAUGAUCAGCCAGUGGCAGCUGGAAAUGUUGGGGAGAAUGCUGUGGGUGGGAUAUUGAAUAAGGAGGGCGCAAGUGUGCGGGCAAAGGAGAAGACGACUAGCGAUGUGGUAACGGCAAUUGACACUCAGACACGACAAUCGUACGCGCAGCACAAAGAUUACGAUGACAUUAAACCGGCAAUGUUAUCACAACAGUGGGUACCUCAAGUGACAGGAGAAGAAGCUCGACCUGUCAAUUUCCCAGACACUAUCAGAGAUGCCAGUGCGCAAGACCAAACACUCGAGGGAUUUAGACCUCUGACUUCAACUUACCAGGGAAUGUCACCUCUUCCUUCAACUUACAAUCCUAUCCCAACACCAAUGGCACACCAAUUGCCAGCACCUGCUCUAGAGGACAUCACACUGCCCUUAAUGUCUACUCUCCCAGCCCACGUGUCUAUACCCUGGGAAGAAGAGGAUUGGCCCUUUAGAACCUCCGAUGCCCAGCUCUCCAUGGGGGGAAUUGCAGGGGCGCCCCCGCAAACGCCUUCGUCAACGCAGGGUUUUCCGACGGGACAUGCGAAUAUUGGCGAAGACUAG